UCGUGUAAAACGUUUCUCGUUUAGUAUACUUUAUUGUUACACUGGUUUAAGACUUCUGUUCUUUCGCAAAGUGGUUUCUGAGUAAAAUACAAAAAUUCUAUGUUCAUGAAAAUGUCGUUUAAGUUCAUUUUUAUAGCAACCGUUAUGGUUAGCUACAGUUUAAAAAUGGCGUCUACCACCAUAAGCAUUGUUGAAGAAUAUAAGGAAGAAGGAAAUUUGGAUCCAUUAAUUCGUGUUCAAUGUAGCUACAUACAUAGUGCUCAAACUUACAUGGAGGUGAUCGGCGAAUUGAUAGAAUAUAAAGAUAAGUUGGAGACAGUUUCUGAAGGUAAAGAUCUAUCGUAUACCAAACAAGCUGCUAAAAUCAAUGCGACCUUCCAUAAUGUCGUUGGAAUGCAGAAUACUGGUUUACAGAACGCAAUGUGGAUAUUUUCAGUUUACGCCGAGAGAGUAUUGGCGUAUAUGGAAUCUGUCAUAAAUAAGGUCCCGGCCGAAGAUCAAGAAACCAUCUAUUCCGUUCACCAAUCCGUAAGUAUUUUUCUCGAUAAAAACAUAGACUCUGCCGUCUGCGCCGGUUAUAAGCGGGGCAUAAAGUUGGAUUUAGAAGUCUUGCGGUGUAGUACUGAUAAUUUGGAAAAUCUACUGACCAUUCUAGAAACUAGAACAUCAGUUUUCAUGCAGCGAAUAGAUAUAAACGCCAACGAACACGGUAUCAGCACCGACGGGCACGAACAGUUUAGUUUGAACGUGUUGAGCUUGAACGGACUGCUGGCAGACAUGGAAGCGACAAAACAAAUUUUAGAAAUUUCCGGAGUAGAGCUAAAUUGGGACCAGGUGUUGCUGCAUUUAAAAAAAGAUUAUGAUUUGGGAACGCAAGUCAACGGUAAUAAAUUGAGUCAACAGAUUAAGUCAUUGCAAAUGUUUCAUUUUAAGGUUUCUGAGAUGGUAAAAGUAAUCAUAAUUUGUCUGAUGCACAAGACCUUAACGUAUAAAGAAUACCCGUAUAACUGGAGUAAGAGUGGGAUUGCACUUGAUAUUGCCGAGUUAGAGAACUAUUUGAGUCCACUAGAUAACAUUGAUUACAAAAAAAGCAUGGUUGAAAAUGACACUAAAAAUCCUGAAGAGAAGAUUGAAACUAUGGUCGCACUAAGAAUGUAUCUUCUCGGAUUACGUUCGCCAUAUGAAGUUACCAUGGUGCGUUCAUCUACGAAUAAAGAAGCAAACAAACAACAACAAACGUAUACAGGUUUUCAACAUGACGUAAACCGUUUUGUCAACACUUUCAAAAAUAAACUAGCUAACAUAAACUUCAAUACAAUUAAAAAUUUUAGACAACUUCCAUAUACAGAUGAGUUCCAAAAAUUUGUAGUGCAUGAAGAAGCUGUGGAAAUACUUAUUGCUUUGGAACAAACUGCGGCAUAAAUAUGGCACUAAAAAGUGAUGGUGAUAGUGAGUGAUAUAGAAAAGAGUGAUUAAAAUAUAAUAAUUAAAACCAAUUCAGGCGAAUAGGUUUGCUGUAAAAUUAUAAUAACAAUAAAAAAAAAAACAAUUGUC